AUGAAUACGAAACCAACGAGCUUUCUUGUAUUUGUUAAUGGAGCCAUUGAAAAUGCUGAGGUCAAUGAUUUCGAUGAUCUCUAUCUUCGUUUUUCUUAUGUUAUUGGAAAAGAUUGGAAAAUUUGCUCUGGUCUUGAAGAAGGAACAACACAAAUUGCACAUAAAAGCGUACAACUUGGAUCAAAAAUAGUUUUUAAUUUUCCAUUAGAAGCUACAUUUCGAGCAACAAAUCCUUUUGGAUGGCCACAAUUAGUUAUUAGUGGCUAUGGUUUAGAUGCUUUUGGAAAUGAUGUUGUUCGAGGUUAUGGUACAACUUAUAUACCAAUCAGUCCAGGACGACAUCGUAUUCGAAUUCCGCUGUUUGUUCCACGUUCAUCAUCUCGAUUUCAACAAUUUUUAGCUUGGUUUUUUGGUCGCCGGCCAGAAUUUGUUGAUCCAAAAGUUAUCGCUUUCAAUGCUGGACGAGAAAUGACACGAGUACAAUCUCAUGGUUAUGUACAAGUUGUUUUUAAUGUUGUAACUAAGGAUUUAGAAGAGUUAGGAUAUAAAAUUGAAACUAAGCAUUCUUCUCAAACGUCACAACAACGAUCAGAAAGGAAUGAAACAACAUAUGUAGAUAACUAUCACGCUUAA